AUGGCCACUCACAGAUUCGACCCCAAAUUCACCGACAAUGUUAUCAACGCGAUGGGACCCAAGACCUCUCCGCGCAUGCGCCAGCUCAUGACCGGUCUGAUUCGCCAUGUGCACGACUUUGCGCGCGAGAAUGAGCUCACAGUGGACGAGUGGAUGGCCGGAGUGAAGAUGCUCAAUUGGGCUGGACAGAUGAGCGAUGAUAAGCGGAACGAGGGCCAACUAGUCUGCGAUGUGAUCGGCCUGGAAUCCCUCGUUGACGAAAUCACCUUCACUCUCGCCGAAGAAGCCAAGGACGCACCCACUGCCACCGCCAUUCUGGGCCCCUUCUUCCGCGCUGAUACUCCCUACCGCGAGAACGGUGCCGAUAUUGUCGUCACUAAGCCCAAGGACGGCGGUGAGAUGGCCUUUAUGCACGGCCGGGUCAUUGAUUUUGAGACGAAAAAGCCUCUUGUUGGCGCCGACGUUGAGGUCUGGCAGGCGUCGACGAAUGGUUUGUAUGAGCAGCAGGAUCCUGAGCAGGUUGAGUUUAAUCUGCGUGGAAAGUUCAAGACGGAUUCUGAGGGGAGAUAUAACUUCUACUGCCUGCGGCCGACGCCGUAUCCCGUUCCUGAUGAUGGCCCCGCUGGCAAGCUGCUGAGUCUCAUGGACCGCCACCCCUUCCGCCCUGCUCACAUUCACAUCAUUGCUACCAAGGAAGGUUACCGCCCUCUGACUACCCAGAUCUUCGACCGCGAGGACAAGUACCUGGACAACGACUCUGUCUUCGCCGUUAAGGACUCUCUCAUUGUGGACUUUGUCCCCAGGAAAGAUGACCCUAAGGCGGCUCUUGAACUCGAGUAUAAUGUUAAGCUGGUGGCCGAUACCAAGUAG